GCACGUUAGCUUACUUAUUACAUUUGAAUUGUAUUUUUUAAAGUUGACUGAUACUAGUGUGCAAUUGAAAUACACAUUUCGAAUAUAUGUAUAAAAGUAUUAGUUAUAUAUAAACCAAGUGCAAAAUAAUCCUAUUAUGCUAUUCUAAUUCAAGCACAGAGGGCAUACAAACUACAUUGCCUUGCGCGUUUACGUGUUUUUAUUUUCAAGACGAUAACAAGUAGAACAUAGUUUCAACUAAAAGCAGAACGUAAUUUCCAGAAAAGAAUAAUAUAUUCUUUAAGCACCGCAUAUAUAAAAAGACAAUUAAGAUAUUACUUGAAAAGCAAAAGAAAGAAAAACGUUUAGUCUAUUUUACAUAACGUUUUGAAAUACUUCCAAUGGAAUGAUGAAAGGAAACGCAGGACGAGUUUUAAGUGUGGUGGUUUUUAUCACUCAGCUUACUGGAAUUUUAUCAUUCGAUUACCGCCAUGUGAAGGAAUGGAGUGCAACUUAUAAAGAAUGUGGAGGAAGAAGACAAUCUCCUAUAAAUAUCGUAACGCGUAAAAUAAAAAAAGAGCUCAAAGAGAAUUUGAAAAUGUCUGGUGGCGAAAUAAAACCAACAAGAAUCGAAGUGAAGAAUGAGGGCCAUACUGAAAGACCAAGUAUUCGUGGUGGACCUCUGAAUGGUGUGUAUGUCUUCGACAGCUUCCACUUUCACUGGAGUAACGCGAGUGUAAAAGGGAGUGAGCACACUAUUAAUGGAAAAUAGUAAGAUCUACAAUUAUUUCGAUCCAUUAACAUUUUGACUUUGAACAGAUAAUUUCGUGAAGAAUUAAAAUUUUGACUUUAAUUUCGCUCUACAACAGGAAUUUCAGUAAAUAGCUAUAAUUUUGUCUGGGAACACGUAAUUUGCAAGAUGCAUCAAUCAAUUUUGGAAUAUAAUAUUAAUUUUAAUUUAGAAGCAAUACAUUUAAAACUAAUCCCUUUUCCAAGCCAAAAUUUAUCACGAUUUCAAAUUUUUUGAAAAGGGAUACAAUAUUACACAAUUAGAAUAGA